ACCGGCUCGAUUGAUGGAGUUUCGAAGAGCGUAUUUGUUGUGAGAGUUUCUCUCCGAGGCAGUUUGAGCACGAUGGGAGGCUUUAGAGCAUUUCUGAGAGCAGCAGUGGUGUUGGUGGUGCUGGACCUGGACCCGGUGUGUUGUGAUAUAACCGACGGCAACGCGGAGCACCUGAAGAGAGAGCACUCGUUAAUGAAGCCGUACCAAGGUGUUGGCAGCAGUCCGACUAGUCAGUGGGACUUCUGGGGAAGCACUUUGGUGACGAGCUCAUACGUCCGACUUACUCCAGACGAGAGAAGCAAGCAGGGGUCUAUCUGGAAUACUGUGCCUUGUUACUUGAAGGACUGGGAGAUGCAUGUGCAAUUUAAAGUUCACGGGUCAGGAAAGAAGAAUCUCCAUGGCGACGGCAUUGCUAUCUGGUACACAAAGGACAGGCUGCAUCCAGGGCCUGUGUUUGGAAACCAAGAUCAGUUUCUUGGCCUGGCUAUUUUUUUGGAUACCUUCCGCAAUGACCUCCACGGAAUGGAUCGCUCCUUCCCGUAUAUCUCAGCCAUGGUGAACAACGGCUCCGUGAAUUACGACCACGGAAAAGACGGCCGCUCGUCGGAGCUGGGCGGCUGCUCGGCUGAGAUCAGGAACAGGGAGCACGACACGUACCUCGCCAUUCGCUACUCUAAAGGAAGACUGACUGUGAUGGUCGAUGUUGACGAUAAGAAUGAAUGGAAGGAGUGCAUUGACAUCGGAGGGGUUCGUCUUCCUACCGGAUAUUUCUUCGGUGCCUCAGCAGCUACAGGAGACCUCUCAGACAACCACGACAUCAUCUCCAUGAAGCUGUACCAGCUGAUGGUGGAACACACCCCUGAGGAGGAGAACUUGGACUGGACCAAGAUCGAGCCCAGCGUCAGCCUCCUCAAGUCACCAAAAGACAACAUCGAUGAUCCCACCGGAAACUUCCGCGGCACGCCUCUCACCGGCUGGAAGGUCUUCCUGCUCCUGUUGUGUGCUCUGCUGGGAAUCGUGGUGUGCGCUGUGGUGGGAGCUGUGGUCUUCCAGAAGAGACAGGAGAGGAACAAGAGGUUUUACUAAACGGGAAGAAGAACCUUAUGAGAGAGGCGUUUGUUGUUGAAUGAACUGUUUCCAAAUGACAGAACGAGCACAUUCAAUGUGAAUUUUUUUCUAAAGAUUGUACAAAUGUUUAUAUCUUUGAAGCACUGCGUUGAGAGCAGAUGAGGGGAACUCGUGAUGACUUGUUGUGUAGACGAGUUGCAACCAUCAUAAGUUACCCUCAAGGCUGUUUUUGUGUCUUUGUGUUAAUUUGUUGCAGGAUUAGAAUAGAGUUUCUGUCUUUUGCAGAGUUUUUCAAAUUCUUACAGUUCAGACUUGCUUAUCGGUUCAUCAGGUGUCUCCAGGUCUUUUCAGCUUUUCUCUGCUGCAGCUGAAAGAGUUAACGUCGGCACCAGAUGACACGUUAGAUUUUUAUUCCAUUGUCUUCCAAGCAGUUUUACACGAUUAUUUAUUGGAAUAAGGAAAGCAGCUCCGCACACCAAAUCUGCUCUAUUUGGCGACGAGGACGUGCGGUUGCUGUUCAGUGCUCAUCUGCUAAAAUACAAAUUCUGUCAGGACACAAAAAGACGAAACAAACUCUUGAAAAGAACAAAUUGCGGCAACCCGAGGAGUCAUUAAAAUUGAACCUGAGAGCCUGAGCCUGUGUUUUAACCCGUGGAAGGAGUGCCGUUUUGGAUUUGUUGAUUAUUUUUGUGAGCAACCACUGUAUGCAUACAACCUCUGUGUGUUAUUUCUCUUAUUUUUAAUCGGCAGUAGCAGCAUCAAGCGUCUUUAUUUUGUCUUUGUUCUUGGGUUUUGUGUUAUAAGGUUGGGAUUUCUGUUGGGUGCCUUGUUUUCUUUUGUCCCCUCAGCCAGACGAACUGCUGUAUCUCUGCUUGUGCCACACACCCGCUUGUUCUGUUAAUUCCUUACGACUAAUGUGAAGCACCAGGGCUACUCUCAGUGUUUUGUUUUUAGCAGAGGGCAGCCGACUCGCUUCAAAUAGACCGCUAGGGCUGCAACUCAUGUUUCUGAAAUAAUCAGUUGGUCCGGCAGCUGACAUGGUGAAAUUGAAUACCCAGAGGUUCGGUUUGAUAUCUGAGAAAACUCAGAGAACAAGCAGCUAGUCGUAUUCGAGAAGCUCGACUCAGUAGGUAGCGUAUGUCCAUUUGUUGUUAAGGUUUCGUAGCUGCUGGUAUAAACAUCAUAAAAAAUUACAUGAAAUAGAAAAUAUGAACUCUGGAAAGGCAGAUGCGCUGUUUGACAGAGCAGAUAUGAUUUUAUUUAAAGAGUACGACUGAGUAGCCCAGUGCUUCCUUUCUAAAUUGCUUGUUAAGUUGCGUUCGUAACCCUUUACACAUACUUUCAUUAGAUUCUUCCGAAGCAGAACAAAGACCAAAUCAGUCCAGUGUUAUAUCAGAGGUAGGGGAGCACAUUGGCAGUGAUUUGACAUAAACCUUGACAUUUUCCAUCGAGUUGUUCUACGAUGUCGAGUGUGGCACAUUUGGAUGAGUCUUGAAAGAGACCAGCGGACGAGUGGAUGGAUCUUGAAAACUGAACAACCUCAAAUCUUUGAGGUUGAAAUGUUUUAUGCUUCUUUUUUUUUUUCCCCUUUUCUUUUCUCUGAAGGAUCUUUUGAGCUGCAGAGUCUUUUGUCCAGAAUAUGCCUUGUCCUUUGUUCUUUUCUGUGAUUCAGUUCUGCAGUAUGAUGAAUAUUACACUCGUAAACUGUUAUGUAAGACAAGUGUGAUCAAUAAAUGCAAACACAGUGUUAAUUAGGAAGCCCUUCUUUUCCUAUAGAUCCGUGGAUGGAUUGUUCAAAGGCGAGUUUACACUGGCAACGCUUCAGUCGUUCAUUUGUUCCAAACCUUGUUUCUUUGUUGUUGGCUCUACUUCCAUUUCUGUAAUGUUCCUCUUUGCUUCGGUUCUGACACGUUGGAAGUAAAAUUUUGGAUUUGAUGACAUGUUCAUAUUUUCUGAAACGUCAUGUUUUGUUUUUUAAACUCCGUUAGUUUGACAAAGCGUUUUUAAUACUGUUCUUAUUUGCUUGAAGCCACUCUGUUUUUCUGGCCCAUCAGUUAGUUCUGUGAUGAGACUUGAAACAGCUUCUCUCAUCAGAAAUGAAGUAUUAAAAAGAACAAAAGAAGCAGUUUGA